GUAUCUGUCAGCUGUUUGCACACUGUUUACCCAUAGGGGAUCUAUUACAAGUGCUCAAAUGAACUGGGAGCUUAGAAACUAGCAGCUUCCGGGAGCUGCAAUUACAUAAGCAUAUAUUUUUAAUAUAAUAAUAAUUAAAAAACAAGUGGCAGCAGUAUGCCUGGAUCAGCUACAGCUAUCCGACCAGAGAGACUGAAGAAGACCAGUGCAAGGCCAAUUCCCCUUGGUUUAUUCACCAUUAAUGAGGAAGAUGAACAGCAAAAGAAUGGAAAUUCCCGAAGACGGAAAGCGCCUGACAGCUACAAAGUGCAAGAUAAGAGAACUGCUGCCUCCAACCGGCCCUCCACUGCUACUUCAGGACAAAAUAGCAACAACUCAGGAAAUAAACCAGACCUUCCUCCUAUGCUACGGGUUGAUGAUAGGCAGCGGCUGGCCCGGGAGCGACGUGAAGAGCGGGAAAAGCAGCUAGCUGCAAGAGAAAUAAUCUGGUUAGAAAGAGAAGAGCGAGCCAGGCAGCACUAUGAGAAGCACCUGGAAGAGCGGAAGAAGAAGCUGGAGGAGCAGAGGCUGAAGGAGGAGCAGAGGAGGGCUGCUGUGGAGGAAAAGCGGAGGCAGAGGCUCGAGGAGGAUAAGGAGCGCCAUGAAGCUGUUGUACGGCGCACAAUGGAGAGGAGCCAGAAGCCAAAACAGAAGCAUAACCGGUGGUCAUGGGGAGGCCCGCUCCAUGGAAGCCCCAACAUCCACACUGCAGAUCCAGACAGGCGGUCAGUUUCCACCAUGAAUCUUUCGAAACAUGUUGAUCCCGUCAUUAGCAAGCGGCUCUCCUCUUCAUCUGCAACUUUGCUAAAUUCUCCAGAUAGAGCUCGCCGCCUGCAGCUCAGUCCAUGGGAGAGCAGCGUUGUUAACAGACUGCUGACGCCCACACAUUCGUUCCUGGCCAGAAGUAAAAGCACAGCUGCCUUGUCUGGAGAUACAGUUAUCCCCAUUUGUCCUCGUUCAGCAUCUUGCAGCCCCAUCAACAUCACGCCCUACAAAGCUGCCCAUUCUAGAAAUACGAUGGAUCGACCAAAAUUCUGGGUAACACCACCUGAGGGCCCCGCACGGAGGAGGACUAUUCAUGGCACAGCGGGCUACAAAAGAGGGAGAGAGAGAGAAAAUGUACCCUUCCACCUUACAUCUGGCUUCCGAAGGGCUCUAUCUCCAUCUCAUCCCAAAGCAAGAUCAACAGCUUCCUCCCGACUUUGGCUCCCCUCCAAGUCCUUCCCUCACUUGCCUGGCACACCCAGACCAACGUCAUCCUUGCCUCCUGGAUCAGUCAAAGCUGCCCCUGCUCAGGCCUGGCCCCCAUCCCCUGGCAACAUUCGCCCUGUCAAGAGAGAAGUCAGAGUGGAGCCUGAGAGAAAAGAUCCCGAGAAGGGACCUCAGAAAGUUGCCAAUGAGCCCUCAUUGAAGGGCAGAGCACCCUUAGUGAAGGUGGAAGAAGCCACAGUUGAAGAGGGGACACCUGUCAAACCAGAGGCUGCCCCUGCUGCUCCAGCCACAGCCCUGGACCCAGCUCCGGCCCCUUCUCCAGCACCAGCACCAGCAGCAGCACCAGCCUCGGCCCCACUCGCAGUCCCAGCAGCCCCGGUGACUGCCAGCACUUCUCCUAAGACCUCUGCAGGCACCACGGACCCGGAAGAGGCCACCAGGCUGUUAGCUGAAAAGAGGCGGCUGGCCCGAGAGCAGAGAGAGAAGGAGGAAAGGGAGAAGAGGGAGAGGGGCGAGGAGAUGGAAAGACAAAAGAGAGAGGAAUUGGCUCAAAAGGUGGCUGAGGAGAGAGCUCGCCGGGAGGAAGAAUCCCGACAGCUGGAAGCUGAGCAAGCCAGGGAGAAGGAAGAGCAGCUGCGACAGCAAGCGGAGGAGCAGGAACGGCGCGAGCGGGAGGAGAUGGAGCGCCUGCAGAAGCAGAAAGAAGACGACGCUCGUGUUCGUGAAGAAGCAGAGAGGGUUCGGCAGGAACGGGAGAAGCACUUCCAGAGAGAAGAGCAGGAGCGCCUGGAAAGGAAGAAGCGACUUGAGGAGAUUAUGAAAAGAACUAGGCGAACGGAAGCUACGGAUAAGAAAACUGUUGACCAGAGAAAUGGAGAUAUUACCAAGGGAGUUCUCACUGGAGGAACAGUAUCUGAACUUGCAUGUGUGACGAACUCUCCAGGAAGUGGAGACCCAGCAGCUAGCCGACACGUGGUUACCUCACACCAAUCAGAAGUGACUAUGGAGACUACUCCCAAUUUGGAAAAACAACCAAAUGAAAAUGGAGUAUCUGUUCAGAGUGAAAUUUUUGAAGAAAUCAUAAACUUACCCAUUGGAUCUAAACCAUCCAGAUUAGAUGUCACCAACAGUGAGAACCCAGAAAUUCCUUUGAAUCCAAUUUUGGCCUUUGAUGAUGAAGGGACACUUGGGCCCCUGCCUCAGGUAGAUGGUGUUCAAACACAACAGACAGCAGAAGUUGUAUGAGCAUUUCUUCUGAAGAACCAAAGCAGGAAUUUAAUAAGAAUUUCUACGAUUAAUGGAAUUCCUUCCAUGCUAUAAAGGAGCAUCCCCCCACCUCCAGUUUUCUAAAGAUUUCUUGACUAUCAUUUUGAAGAGACUUUAUUAAAACCAGCUAAAGACAACAGACUGGAUAGCUUUUCUAAUAAUUUUCACCAAUAGAGAAAAAGAAAUGCUCCUUAUCUUUCAAUAUUUAAAAUAGCUUUUUCUGGUGUGCUCCUUCUUAGCAAACAAUAUUUUUCUGCAUCCUCUAAAAGAUGAGAGCAUUUGGCUAUGUAAGAAAUGGGCUGACUAGGCAUGACUUUUCACGUAGAUGUUUUGGUCUUUAAAAACUAACAUGUAAAAUUGGCACAAAAGAUUUACCUUUUACAAUAUUAUACUUGAAAGAUAAGUACCCCUUUGCUCUACAGCUGAACAAGAGAGGUGUUUAAGACUUUUUGUUUAAAAAUUAUCACAAAGAGCUCUAUUUGUAGAGGCAAAUUAUAGGCAGAUCACCGUUCUUGUAAAGGCAACUUGUACAUGGACAUUCUGCAAACCCAGCUGUCACAUUCUUCUGGCAUCUCAUUUUGCAAAAGUGUACUAAAGUUUUAAAAUGUGGGAAAAAAAGUUAUUUUUUCAGAGCAAGAAAAUAAUUUACUGUCCUCUUACAUAAGGUAUUUAUAGGUUUUUUUCAGAUAAACUGAUCAAAUAAAUUAGAACAAUGUGACAACACUGCAAAAUUUGAUUUCUUAGAUGCAUUCCUUAUGUUUGCCAUGAGAGAAUGUUACUGAUGAUUCAGGACUCUUUCCUUCGUCUGUAUAUUGCUGCUGUCCCCAGCGAUGGUGGGACUUACCUUUGCCUUACCUGGUCUCAAAUUAUGUGGGGGUUGGGGAGAAUAAAGACUUAAUUUAAUAUUUCUUGAAAUAAAAAAAAUGUUGGUUUUGCUCGUUUAAGAGCAAUGAAAAAAUGAUGGAAUGUUGGUUGUGUUUGGCAUACAGGACACUGUGCAAGAUAACCUUCACGAAUGUCCUCAUUCUUCGUGGUAUCUGUCAGCUUUCACUUUUCAUCCUCCUCCUUCACUUUUGCUGCUGAGCUUAGUUGUACAAACUUGUACUUCCAUUUGCUGAUAUAAAUUCAAUUUUAUUAUACCAUUUUAGAAACCACUAAAAAUUAAAUACUGAAGGAGAGGGAACCCAUGAUUUAUGUGGAGUGUUAAAGGUAAACUUCUACUGCUAUAGUGUGUUGCUUCUAUUAAAAGAGGAUUGGUUAAUCUAC